CAAGAAUUGUAAGUCGUCACAGGGUAGACCAAAAACAGUCUCAUCGACUGAAUUUGUCUGCAAAUUUUCAUUAGGAGUUUCAUUUCUAGGGUUCGAGACUUUAUUUUGGGGUGAUGGAGAGAGCCUAUAAAUAUGGCGAGAAAUUGAGGGUUUGGGGACACGAAAGCAAGUGAGCUUUAGAAACCAAGAGUGGGAGCGAGAGAUUCUGAGAAGAGAAGUGUGAAAUUCAAGCAGUGGGUGAAGUGUGAGACGUAGAGGUUUGGUAGAAACGCUUUUUUUUUUGAAGACGACGAACACACUGCAGGUAUGGGGAACUAUUAUCUUCAUAUUGGGCUUAAUGAAUUUGGUUAAGUGGCAUUCUUGUUAGGUUUUAUUUCGUUCUCUUUAGAUUUUAUAUCCUGGAAAUUUCAUGACUUGAAUCAGAGGGGUCAUGGGUUGUACAAUUUCAAUUGGGUUUCAUCGCGAUUGAUUUUGAAUGAUCUUGUUAUAAUAGGAGAAAUUGUAUGUUCUGAAGAAUGAGAAUAAAGUUUGGUAAAUGACUUAUAAGGAAUUUGUUAAAUGUUUUUUGAGUUAUAUUGGUGUUAUAUAAAUGAAGAGGAGGUUAUAAUGUAGGGUUCUGUUUUAUUAAAAUGGUGAAUAGGUACGAUUAAUGGAAUAAGAAAGGUAUGAUGCAGGUACUGUUUCUGUCAAGUUGAUUUGAAAAGGGAUUUUGGGGUAGGAAAUUAUGGUAUUAUGAAUGUAUACACGUAUUUGAAAUGAUUAUUAGAGUAUGCUUUGUGAAGGUUUUAUAUGAUUGAUGGAUGAUGUAGGUGGUUUUUAACAAGGCCAGGAUAGUUAUGCAGUAUGAGUCUCUUUUAAAUUUCGAUUUCUAAGUUUAAGCAUUGAUUCUGAAACAGUAUGGUUGGUCAAGUAAACUUUCUUUGAUUGGAAUAUAUAUGUAUAUGUUAGUGCGGAAUAUAGUUGGAUGAAUUAAGGAAGUUUAUAGUAUGUUUGACGGGUCUCAUUAGAGUGCAUCUCUCGUUAUUAAAUUUUGAUUAAUUUGUUUAGUAUAAUGAAUGUUUGUUACCUAGUUGCAUCUUUGGAUUAUGGAAAAAUGGUUUAAGGUUGGGUAACACUUGUUUGGUGGAAAUUGGAUAUUUAUAUAAAUUGUGUGACAACGAUUGGUCUUGUGUGACAACAAUUGGUCUGUGUGAUAGAACGUUAAAGGUAUUGGUUCUAAUUAAUCAUAGUCUCUGUGACAGGAAUCACUAAGGCUAAGCCUGAGUGAGUGUUAAUGGGUGUACUGCUUUAAUUGUUAUAUUUUGAUUAAUUCUUUGUAUUUAUUCAAUAUAAUUGUUAUAUUUUGAUUAAUGCUUUGUGUUUAUUCCAUAUAAUUAUUAUAUUCUGAUUAAUGCUUUGUGUUUAUUCAAUAGCUCACCUAUAUUUCCGUGUGUUUGUUGCAAUAAUCGUAUAACAUGUGUUUUAUACGGGAGCAGAUAGGAAUGCAGAUGAUUCUGGAGUUGUGUAAUUGACGAGAGAGGGGCUAGCAUUCGGGAAGCAUUAAAGAAUUAUUAAAGAUUUAUUUGAGAAAUAAAUUUUUAUGAAAUGUACUUGACGCUUUAUUUGAACUUGAGUUGUGGAUAUGUACAUUGGAAUAAAUUAAUUUUAUUUUUAAAUUUUCAACGUGACCUUUACGAAAAAUUAGACUUUGAUACACUUAAGUGACUCUCAAAGUUGGGACGUUACACAAACACCAAUGAGGCAGCACAAGCAGGUUUCAGCCCUUAACCGACGACCCACCAUCCUUUAUCUGGUGUGCGCGGCUGCAUUGUUCUCCUUCCUCCUCUUCUACAUCCAAUCCUCUUUCUUCUCAGGGUCCCUUUCUUCGGCUCGCAAAUCCAAAAUUAUCCGCAUCUUGUCUAACUUUCAGUCCAGUGUUCAGCAAUGUGUGGAUAAGAGGGGGCUAGGACUCACUGCUCAUAUAAUUGACCAUUGCAAUUUGAUCCUUAAAUACCCUGAAGGUACCAACAGCUCUUGGUACAACGCACAGUUUAAGCACUUUGAGCCGUUGGAGUACAAAUAUGAUGUGUGUGAGGCAAUCCUGUUGUGGGAACAGUAUCGGAACAUGACAACUGUGUUGACCAGAGAGUAUCUUGAUUCUCGACCUGGUGGUUGGAUGGAUUACGCUCCACAAAGGAUAGCACAGUUGGGGACAAAGAAGUGCACCAACAAGACUCUUUGUGAAGAGAACCUCAAUGUGUUAUUACCUGCAAAGCCCCCAUUUCACCCACGGCAGUUCCGAACUUGUGCUGUUGUUGGUAAUUCUGGGGACCUUCUGAAGACUACAUUCGGGAAAGAAAUUGACAGCCAUGAUGCUGUUAUUCGGGACAAUGAGGCCCCUGUUAAUGAGGAAUAUGCCAAAUAUGUUGGUCUUAAGAGGGAUUUCCGUCUAGUUGUCAGAGGUGCUGCGCGUAACAUGGUCCCUAUUCUAAAAGGAUCUGACACUGAGGUUCUCAUAAUCAAAAGUCUGACACACAGAGAAAUCAAUGCAGUUAUAAAGACCAUACCCAACCCAGUCUAUCUCUUCCAAGGAAUUGUACUACGUCGAGGUGCCAAAGGAACUGGAAUGAAAUCUAUUGAGUUAGCGCUCUCCAUGUGUGAUAUCAUUGAUAUAUAUGGAUUCACUGUUGAUCCAGGAUACACUGAAUGGACAAGAUACUUCUCUAAGCCUAGAAAGGGACACAAUCCACUUCAAGGAAGAGCGUAUUACCAACUUCUAGAAUGUCUUGGGGUAAUCAGGAUUCACUCGCCCAUGAGAUCUAAGAGGAGGGAAGACUGGUCAGAUAUACCUAGUAGAGAAAUGAUAAGGCAAGCACAUGCAGCAGCUUUGCACUUGAAAAGGAAUGAAGACGGUCAUGGAGGUGAUUUAGGACAGUUUGGCAAUUGUAAGGUGUGGGGCAAUGUGGAUCCAGAGAACAGUGGACCUGUCUCAGGAUCACCAGACAUGAGUGAUAUAAGGAAAUAUUCAAAUUAUAGUAAAUGGGAAGUGAUGCCUUUUGAGAGUUUGAGGAGGGAAGCACAGGAUCAUUAUAACCAGAUGCAAGGGGUCUCUCUAUAUAAAAUGGACGACAAUAGGUUGGAUGAUCUAGUCUGUGUGAGACAUUCCUUAAAAUCUGAGGCGUAAAUGGUGCCUUUGCUUUCUAUUGAUAUUAUUUGAUCGUGCCCAACCUUCUAUAGAAGCUGGGAUGAAGUUACUUUCUGAGGGCUGCUGGCAUAGCUUCCCAACAGCGUUCUGUUUCUUCACUUAUUCAGCCAGAGCGUAGCACCAAUCUCAACUCCAAGUGAAAAAAAUGGAAUGAAUAUGCAUAAUUCCACCAACCCAAGUGAUUCAUGUUAGGGCCUAGAAAUCACACUACAGGAAUUCUGACCCCAGAAGUUUGUUGUACCAUUUUUUUUUUCAGUUCUGGAAUGGACAGUCCUUAGUCCGUGGCAUGAUAGGUAUCUAACUUCUAUAAUGUAUUAAUUGUCUAAAGAAGUAUCUGCAAAAAAAAAAACAUUUUUUUAUGAUGAUGGAUAAAGAAAAGGAUAGUGAGCUGUUUUGUUUUACGAGAUUUUCAAUGUAUUUAUUUUGUUGUUAA